GGGCCCAUCUUGUCGCAGCAGAAUGAUUGUCAGGGGCAGGGUGAGAAUAGUUUGUUUCCAGCCGGUUUCCAGCCUGAUGUCAGGGAAGGCGAACACACGAGGAGGAACCAGUGGAUAAACUAAUCCCUGCGCGAUGGGAUUCACUGGUAUUCGCUGAUGCUUUGUUUGCGACCCUGGCAUGGCUGAUUUCCUGGCUGCUUUCUGUGACUCUGAUCCUUCUAACCCAUUUCCAUUGUGGGAGAAUGGCACCGUUGGAUACUGCUUCACUCAGCUGGUUCUCAAUGUGGUGCCUCACGCUGCACUGGCCUUUGCCAGUGCUUGUUAUCUUAACACCCCUCGAUCUCGCUGGCAGAAUUUCACAUGGAGCUGGGAAAGCAGGAUUAUCAUUUCCUUCGUUAUGUUGGCUCUUUUCCUCAUUGAUGUGUUGGCAAUCAUCUUUUUCCCGAACUUGAAAACUCUGUGGCUGGAGGUGUUGGUGGACUCUAUUUCUGUGAUAGCCUGGCUGGUUCAUGGGCUAGCAAUGAUAGCACUCAGCAGAUCACAGUAUGGGCGGUCGUUAGGUCCAACAGUUCUGAUGAUCUUUGCUGUCCUUCCUGCUCCGGCAUUUAUUAUCAUUCUGGUCGCUGAUUGUCAGACUGGACAAAUCACAUGUUCAGAAUAUCUCUCAAGCUGGCUGCGAUUCAUAUUGAUCAGUGCAGAAUUAAGUUUGCUUAUUGGUUAUAUUGUUGUGCUUGUCGCCUCCCACUCCAGAAGAGAGGAACAGGGUUCUGAACGAGAGCCCUUGUUGCAGGGUCAGAGUACUGGACCUGAGGAACAGAUUGCAGCCGAAGAAGGGACAAGUUGGGUCUCUCGCCUCUUCUACUACUGGAUGAACCCCCUCCUGAAGCAAGGGUAUAAUCGUCAGAUUACCCAGCCCGACCAUGUCUACCAACUUCCACCAAAACUUCGCACCCAAACUAUUGAAGAACUUUUUCAGAAAAGCUUACAGAUAUGUAAGCUCAGGGAAGCAUCAAAGAAGGGAAGUAAACAAGCCGGACAAAAAUCUAAACCUGAUAAAGUACAGAGCCCCCGCAGAAAUUCAUGGAGAGACCGAAGGCCAUCUGCGAAGAUCCAAGAAGAAACCACACAAGCAAACCAAGAUACAGAAGUACCACUAUCCGCAGUCUUGCACAAAGCCUUUGGCUUUCGUUAUUACUCCCUGGGUAUAUUAAAAUUUACAGGGAACAUGCUGGGCUGUGCAGGACCUCUGCUUUUAAAUCUGCUGGUCAAUUUCAUGGAGUCUGGCACCAAGCAAAUAAACAAAGGCAUCUGGUACACAUUAGGACUGUUUCUGAGCACCUUUAUAGGAGCCAUUGUACUCAACCAGUUCAACUAUCACGUCAUGAUGAUAGGGAUGUCAGUUCGGUCAGCGAUAAUCUCUGCCAUCUAUCGUAAAGCUUUGCGUGUCAAUGCCAUCUGUAUUUCGAGGUUCUCAGUGGGUGAGAUUGUCAACUUCAUGAGCACUGACACAGACCGGAUAGUGAAUUUCUUUCCCAGCUUUCAUGAAGUGUGGAGUCUACCAUUUCAGUUUGGUAUCAUUCUCUACCUUCUGUACCAGCAGGUUGGUGUGGCAUUUCUAGGUGGCCUUAUUCUAGGGUUACUACUGAUACCGAUAAACAAGAUCAUUGCCAACCUUAUCAUGGAAAAUAACAAGAAAAUGCUCGGGCAUAAGGAUGGCAGAGUCAUGCUGAUGACUGAGAUUCUGUUUGGAAUACGGGUAAUAAAAUUCUACACCUGGGAGGACCAUUUCACAGCUAAGGUUGAUGACUACAGGAAGAAAGAGCUGCACCGUCUCAGAAUCAUCAAGUAUCUUGACGCAGUUUGUGUUUACAUGUGGGCGGCCCUGCCUGUCGUGAUUUCCGUCGUCACUUUUGUCACCUACAUCUUAAUGGGACACCAGCUAACUGCGGCCAAGGUGUUCACAGCCUUAGCUUUGGUGGGAAUGUUGAUCAUGCCCCUGAAUAACUUUCCUUGGGUCCUGAAUGGAAUAUUACAGGCAAAGGUCUCCUUGGAUCGGAUCCAGCGCUUUCUGAUGCUCUCAGACCAGGAUUUGACAAAGUACUAUACAGCAGACCCAUCCGAGGAUUCUAACUCAGCAGUUGAGCUGCAUGAUGCUACCUUCUCUUGGAGACCAUGCGAAACGUCUGAUGAGGAGGCUGAGCAUGAUGGCAGUAUGGUGCUCUUGAAUCUGAAUCUAAUACUGAGAAAGGGGCAGUUGACAGGAAUUGUUGGAAAGGUUGGCUCUGGCAAGAGCUCACUAUUAGCAGCCAUAAUGGGAGAACUCAACAGGCUUGACGGGGAGGUGUACAUCUCAACACUGGAGGAAGGCUUCGGCCUAGCUGCUCAGGAGUGCUGGAUUCAGUUUGCUACAAUCCGUGAAAACAUACUUUUUGGCCAUCCAUUUGAUGACAAGCGUUACCAGGAAGUGAUCGAGACAUGUGCACUCUCAGAGGAUCUUGAAGUCCUGCCAGAUGGUGACCAGACGAGUGUCGGUGAAAAUGGAGUGACUCUCAGUGGUGGUCAGAAAGCCCGUAUUGCCCUGGCCAGAGCUGUUUACAUGGACAAAGAUGUGUACCUUCUCGAUGACCCACUAGCUGCCGUGGAUGCAGAUGUAGCUAAUCACCUCAUGAAGGAUUGUAUCCUGGGAAUUUUGAAAGAUAAGACUGUUAUCCUAUGCACACACCGAACAGAAUUUUUGGAUGAAGCUGACAUGAUAGUUAUGAUGGAAAAUGGGAAGAUAAUAAAAAUAGGUACCCCUGAUGAAGUCCUGAAAAAGGCAGAAGACGAUCACAAAACAAAAAGGAAGAAUUCAAAAAAGAAAGCUGCAGCAAAGGAAGAACAGAUUGAGGUGGUGGAGGAGGAAAAGAAAGAGCCUGAUGAAAUAAUGGAGGUCAUACUGGAGGCCAAGAAUGAGCAGAACGAAGAGAAGAAGGUUGGAACAGUAUCCCUACAAGUGUACCGAACAUACUGGAUGUCGAUUGGCAAAUUGCUGGCAUUCUUGGUGCUCUUGUCUAUAUUCCUAAUGCAAGCCACGCGUAACCUGUCUGAUUGGUGGCUCUCUCAUUGGAUCUCUCAUCUGAAAAACAAAACUGACUCCACAUCAAACAGCAAUUCCGAAAUGGACCCCACACAUCACAUGAUGCGAUUCAUUCGGUCCCUCUUCAAUACAAGCAUUUUGCCGGAUGUCAAGUUCUACCUCAUUGUUUUUGGUGUCAUUGGUGCUGCAAACACCGUAUUCUCAGGAAUGCGAGCCUUCCUCUUUGCCUGUGGUGGAAUCCGUGCUGCUGUUGUUGUUCACCACAAACUUCUACUUCGCACAAUGCAGGGCACAGUGUGCUUUUUUGACACUACUCCCAUUGGACGCAUUGUGAACCGUUUCUCAUCUGACCUAUACAGUGUGGACGACACACUUCCCUUCAUCCUCAACAUCUUCCUAGCCACUCUGUUUGGCCUGCUGGGCAUGGUGCUCAUGAUCAGCUACAGUUUGCCAUGGAUCAUGCUGGUUCUGAUGCCACUUGCCAUCGUUUACUUCUACCUGCAACGCUACUACCGCUUCACUUCAAGGGAGUUAAAGCGCCUCACUGCCAUCACUCUCUCCCCAAUCUAUACGCAGUUCUCCGAGACACUGAAGGGUCUUACCACUAUUCGGGCAUCGCGGGCUGUUCCAAGGUUUGAGAAGGAGAACAACCGUCGCCUUGAGCUGAACCAGCGCUGUCUUUAUACUGCCAAUACUGCCAUGCAGUGGCUUGACAUCAGGCUGCAGAUGAUUGGUGUUACUGUUGUGACGUCCAUUGCUGUUAUUGCAGUCAUUGAGCACAGUCUGAGCCGUGGCAACCCUGGUCUAGUGGGUCUUGCCCUGUCCUAUGCCCUGUCAGUCACAAGUCUACUCUCUGGAGUCAUUUCUAGCUUCACACAAACUGAAACACAGAUGGUGAGUGUGGAGCGCUUGGAUGAAUAUAUCACCGAAAUUCCCAGUGAACAUCAGGAUGAAUAUCUUGAGGUUUCUCCCACGUGGCCACCACGCGGUAUGAUUUUAUUCCAAGAUGUGGUCCUUGUAUAUCGGCCGGGACUACCUGCUGUGCUCAAUGGAAUUAACAUCAAGAUUAAUCCUGGUGAGAAAAUUGGCAUUGUGGGACGGACAGGUUCAGGAAAGUCCUCUCUCUUCCUGGCACUAUUUCGGAUGGUGGAAUUGACUGAAGGUCGGAUUUUCAUCGACAGUGUUGACACACGUACUAUCAGAUUGUCAGAUCUUCGAUCAAAUAUGGCAAUCAUCCCACAGGAUCCAUUCUUGUUCAGUGGCACAGUGCGAGAAAAUCUGGACCCACUGAACCAUCACACUGACCAGGAGCUCCAGGUUGUGCUUCAUCAGUGCCACUUACAGGAAGUCACGAGCAGAAUGGGUGGCUUAACUGCGGAGCUCGGUGAAAGAGGGAAGAAUUUAUCCAUCGGACAAAAGCAGUUGAUGUGCCUAGCGAGGGCACUUCUCACAAAAAACAAGAUUUUGUGCAUUGAUGAAGCCACUGCCAGCGUGGACCAGAAAACAGAUCAGCUGCUACAGGAGACAAUACGAAGGCAGUUUUCAGAGAAAACCGUGUUAACAAUUGCCCACAGGAUUAACACAAUAAUGGAUUCACACCGGGUCUUGGUGAUGGACGCAGGCACAGUGAAGGAGUUUGACUCUCCGGAUGUUCUCUCCCAGGAUAAGAAAUCCCACUUCUAUCAUUUCAUACACGGUGAUGAGUUGGAGUAGAUACACCCACCAUGGGCUAAGGCUCUAUUGAUUUGAUCUGCAACAGAUAUUCACAGAAUUGACAGUUUGGGAUAGGAAGCCAGGACUCUAAUCACACCUUCUGCAUUUCAAACAACAAAAGGGAAACUUGAAGCUCAGAAUGUAAUUUAUAUUGUAGAUGAAAAUAAUGCUGUUGGUUUGUGAUCCUUAGUUACCUGGCCUUUCGUUCAGGGUGAAUACCAUAAUCCUUUGCCUGAAGGGAAAAAAUAUGUUCUGCAUUCUUCUAUUCGCUCUGGCAGUGAAUCACUAGCCUCGUUCCCAGUCCUCUGCAUUCCCUAUUUACAGACCAUUUCGCUGUCACUUGCACACUUGGCAUGGUCACUCACUCUCCGUUUCAUCCUUUCCUCAAGUCUCACUCCCUCUGUGUAUUCUACUUACUUCCACUCACUAUCUCAUGGCCCCUGCAGUCUCCCUCAUGCACUGUAUAAUAUCCCAUUCUUUCCUUUGACUAUCAUGUUUACCGUGAUAGACUUCUACAACUUCCCUCUGUGUGCCUGCUCUUCUUUGCUCUCCAUCUUUCACUGCGCUGGGGCUUUUGAUACUAUAUGUACUGCAGAAUUAUAUGAUCCUCCUGGUAACUGAGAAAUCCAUCAACAAGGGAAGGGAGUAGGAUGCCCAAUGUCCAUGGAUGUGUCUUGAUGGGCACAUUUGGAUUCUCCUGGGUCCCUCAGUCUUAUGAUUUAUUUGCUAUUUUAAUGGCAUUUGAUAAUGGAAGGUACAUGGGUAAAUUGUUGAUAAUUGAUCAGCGUUAAACGUGAUGGGGUGUCUUCUUUUGAAUGAAUCAGUCAUUAGAUCCUUGUACUAUAUAAAUAAAUUCAUGACCCAAUCUGACUCUUCCCUC